AUGGCGUCCAAUCCCGCGGCCGCGCCCGCUUUCCGAAAGCGACUCUACCUCCACGACCCAACCCCCGAAGAGCUCGCCGCCGACGCCGCAGAAGAAGAAAAGGCACGCAAGGCCGAAGAGAAAGCCGCCAAGAAGAGUUUGUCCCCAUCCGAUCAAACGUUCGCUCUGCCGUUCGUCCCGCAAAGUGUCACGGCCCCGAAGAAACCGGUCCCUGUAGCACCAGCUGCUGCUGCUGCGCCGACGCCGCUCAAGCGCAAACAACUAUCCACAACUGCGAAUGCUCCCUCGUCAGACGAUGUGAGAGGUGCGAAUUCAGCUGUCUCGGAGCAGGCCGCUGCGAAAAAGGCCCGCACGGAUCUUGAUUUCUCUGCGGAGAUUGAAGCGCAGAUUCACGCCGAGAAAGAGUAUGGUGUAACAUAUGCUUUUGACAAUCGGCCGCGGCCACCGCGUGGAGGAAAGGGACGUGCGAAGAAGGAGUAUGAGGCGGAGCACGCUGGCCCGAUCAAACAGUUCGAUGUGACGCAGUAUGUCCCAGCGGACAUCACGGAGCUCGAAGAUAGUGCUGCUGCUUGGAUGGACUACAUUCGGCGGCAUGGGAGGAAGCGAAAGAGGAAAAUGCUCGCGCAACAAAAUAUGCGCCUGCCUCUCUCACCAGCUCGCUCACAACCUUCAAGUCCUCCACGGCCAUCUCUCGCAAGGCCAGGCGGACACUUCCCACCUCCGCCUUCGUUCGACACUGUCAUGAAUGAUACAAUUUCACGGCCCCCAGUACCGCCUCCUCCGCCUCCGCCACCACCUCCACCUCCACCAGUCCGGAUGCCACUCGUAUAUGCCACAGCCAAUCAUGCAGCACCUCCGCCGCCGCCGCCGCCUCCACCGCCUCCACCGUCAGCGAUACCACCUGCAAUACCUACGGCUUCUGUGCUUGCAGCACCUCCAGCCAAUUGGACUCCUGCUCCACUGGCGCGGACACAGUCUGGACCAGACGAUAAAAGUGCGGAAGAGAAGAAGGCGCAUGCAGCAGACAUUGUGGCGCAGAUCAAGGCAAAACUGGCAGCCAAGGCCAGCGGACAAAGCGUUCCUGGUGCAAGCUCCGGUGCCUUGCAAGGAGGAUCUGCGCAACCGGCGUCUUCUUCUUUUGGUGGUCCGCCUUCAAUACCCGGCCCGCCUGUCCACGAAAUGGAACCAGAGAAGCCACCGCCUGCCCCUACUGGCGGCGCAGAUUAUUCGGCGCCUUUUCAGCCGAAUAUGCAAGCUGCUGUACCAACAGAAAUGGACGACGAACCACAGCGCGUGGGAAAUGGACGAGAAUCCGCCGGAAAAUUCGCCGAGCGCAUGCUCAAAAAGUAUGGCUGGGAGAAAGGUCAAGGUCUCGGCGCUCACAAUGACGGCAUCACCACCGCCAUCGUUGCAAAGGCUGAAAAGCGGAAGAAGCUUGCCGAUGCCGACGGAGGCGGGUUUGCCGCUCCCAAGAACAUGGGCAAGAUCGUCGGCGGAAAGAAGCGCAAAACUGGUACAGAAGACAAUGCCGACACCGAAGUUCAACAAGCUGGCCACGGCGAUCUUUCUGAAGUCAUCAAGCUCUCCGGCAUGCUCACAAACUUAGAUGUCGACCAUGAAAUUCAGAACAAUGAUCUGCUACAGGAAAUCGGCGAUGAGAUGGCGCAGAACGGCGUGGUGGAGCGUUUGUUCAUCUGGAGAGAGGAAGACGGUGGUGGAAAUGAAGUUUUCGUGAAGUUUGUCAAUCAACUGAGUGCGUUGCGAGCACUGCAGGCUUGCGAUGGCAUGGAGUUUGCGGACAAUCAAGUCACGGCGAGGUUUUGGAGUGCGGAGAAAUUUGAGAGGGGGGAGUAUGCUUGA